CAGAACGCUGUAAGCAUGUAUUUAAAGUCUGCGGGUAUCUCAUGCUCGUUCUGUCGGCAACACAAGAAGUUAAACCAGGGAGUAAUAUAUUCUCGGUGUGAAAACAUAGCCAACACUAGAUGGCGAUAAUCAAAUCGGAGAAAUAUUUUUGAGCGAAGAAGAAGAGAGGGCGGAAGUGACAGGAUCUGCCUUCUUAAACCUAGCUGAAAAUGGCGGCGUCCGUGUGCCGUGUCGGGAGCACUGUAGGUCGAGUCCUCGCCAAAGCACGCAGCCCCAUCCUGCUGUCUUUGCGGCGUGGACAGGCCUCCGUUAACUUUGCCCAGUGCCUGCUGGGAGCCCCUGAGACCCAUGUCACCAGCCUGGACAAUGGUCUGAGGGUUGCUUCAGAGGAUACCGGACAUGGCACCUGCACUGUCGGACUGUGGAUCAGUGCUGGCAGUCGCUAUGAGAGCGAGAAGAACAAUGGAGCCGGCUUUUUUCUGGAGCACAUGGCUUUUAAGGGAACAAAGAAGUAUCCCCAAACAGCCCUGGAGCAGCAGGUGGAGUCUAUGGGGGCUCACCUGAGUGCGUACACGUCCCGGGAGCACACGGCGUACUACAUGAAGACCCUUUCCAAAGAUCUGCCCAAAGCGGUGGAGCUGCUGUCGGAGGUCGUGCAGAGCUGCUCGCUCAGCGAGGCGGACAUCGAGCAGCAGAGGGGCGUGGUGCUGCGUGAGCUGGAGGAAGUGGAGGGAAACUUGCAGGAAGUCUGCCUGGACCUGCUGCACGCCACCGCUUUCCAGGGGACUCCUCUGGGGCAAAGUGUGCUGGGCCCCUCCAGCAGCGCCAGGAGUCUGACUCGCCAGGAUUUGGUGGAUUACAUCAACAGCCACUACAAAGCUCCUCGCAUGGUGCUGGCUGCAGCUGGAGGAGUGAGUCACGAGGAGCUGGUCGGUCUGGCCAAGUCUCAUUUCAGCGGCGUGUCCUUUGAGUACGAGGGCGACGCCGUCCCCGUGUUAUCACCCUGCCGCUUCACUGGUAGUGAGAUCCGCAUGCGGGACGACGCUCUGCCUCUGGCUCACAUUGCCAUCGCUGUGGAGGGAGCGAGUGCCACCAGUCCGGACAUCGUUCCCCUCAUGGUGGCCAACGCCAUCAUCGGCAGCUACGACCUCACCUAUGGAGGUGGAAAGCACCUGAGCAGCCGCCUGGCUCGCCUCGCGGUGGAGGACAACCUCUGCCACAGCUUCCAGGCCUUCCACUCCUCCUACAGCGACACCGGCCUGCUGGGCAUUCACUUUGUGAGCGAUAAGCACAACAUCGACGACAUGAUGCACUGGUCCCAGAACGCCUGGAUGAACCUGUGCACCACGGUCACCGAGAGCGAUGUCGCCCGAGGCAGGAACGCUCUGAAGGCCAGCCUGAUCGGACAGCUGAACGGAACAACGCCGAUCUGCGACGACAUCGGCAGACACAUCCUGAACUACGGCCGGCGCAUUCCUCUUGCAGAGUGGAACUCUCGCAUCGAUGCUGUGACUCCCAGAAUGGUGCGAGACGUCUGCUCCAAGUACAUCUACGACAAGUGUCCGGCUGUGGCGGCUGUUGGCCCCGUGGAGCAGCUACCGGACUACAACAGGAUGCGCAGCGCCAUGUACUGGCUCCGCUUCUAAAGCCCAGCGCCGGGUGUUCCAGGUCUGCUCUUCAGCCUUAUCCCUCCUUCCUUCAAGUGAACACCUGAGGACAGAUGUGUUAGUGGAGCGUCAUGGGCAGCCAUCAGUCUUCUUCUCUCAUUACUAUAGUCCAGACGAGCAGCAUACGAGUCUUUAAACGAUGUGAUGAUUGUUUCCUGAGUUGGAGAACAGGAGACGGAUGGAGAAACAUCGACAUGACGGCCUCAAUUCAGAAUAUAACCAGUGUCCAGCAAGAGUAUAUUUAUGAUUUCUAAAACAUUUGUUUCUGUCCACUAUUGUACAUAACAGAAGCUGUCAUUCUGACACGAAUAAAAAGAUUGGAAAUAA